UCGCGAGCUGCAGUCGGCGGGUGGCGGCACGCGACACAGGCCAACCGGAGUCCCGCAUACCAUUAACUCGCCGCGGUCAUGUGCGGCCUGGACCAGGGGGAGCAGCCGCGCCGCUCCAGGCCCAGCGAGACGCGCAAGAUACGGAAACCACUCAUGGAAAGAAAAAGGAGAGCUCGAAUAAAUCACAGUCUCAAUGAACUUAAGAAACUGAUCAUGAAUUCUGAAAAUGAGAAAUUAAAGGCUACUAAACUUGAGAAGGCAGAUAUUUUGGAGAUGACAGUGAAACAUCUACAGGAACUUCAUGGACAACAUUCACAGAUCAGCAGGUCAAGUGCUCCAGAAGAAUCUACAGAAACACAUGAGAAAAAUCCAGUGCUCAGAUCUGAAAGGACUGUGACCCCUGUUUUGCAUGUUCUGCAUAUCACAGGCACAAAUCAUUUUUCUCAGUCCACACAUAGUACCACACACAGUACACAGAAAGUACGACAAAAUCCAUUGACUGGAUGUGAAGAUUUUGGUAGAAGGGACAUUACUUCAGAAACAUUUGUGGAAACAAAAGACAGAUUUUAUAUUGGUUUCUGGGAAUGUGUAAAAGAAGUGAACAAAGCAAUUAACAAUGUACAACCUAGUUUAAAAAACAGAUUAUCAGAGCAUCUGCAAAGACACCUCCAAAACCUGCAGAAGAAAAGUAAUUCACAGAAACUACAGAAAGAAAUGUGGAGGCCAUGGUAACAAGAAUGGACUGUAAACCUACAAAAUAAUAGAGUAUGUUGAAUAUGGCAUGGUAAAUUAUGAUAUCAUUUUUCUGUCCAUACUGCUCAGAGUGAUUUUAUUUAUGUCUUUCCAAACCGACACAAUAAAAUUGCAAAGCAGGAGAUUUUUGACUUAUUUUGUACAUAUAUUGGUAAUGAUUUUUUAGCUCACUCAGUGGUAUUUUAGAAUUAUUUCUGUCUCUGUACUACUCUUCUGAAUUUCUGUUAUUUUAAUUGUUUCUCCCUUGUUUUUUGAUUUAUCUCUUUAUUCUCUUUGGUAAUUGCUCCUCUUGUUACAUCUGCUUUUUAUCUUGAUCUAUAGUAAUGAUUAAUGAGGACCACCACAUCUGUAUUUAUACAACAAUUGUUAUGUAAUGAGUGGUUUCAUUCUUUUAUAACAUCAGCAAUAGUUAUAUAAAUAUGUCUGUGGUGGUUCCCAUUAAUAAUUAAUAUUAGUAUCAAUCACAUGUGAAACUCAACAAGAUCAAGAUUAUGUUAAUCAGUUACCAUAAUUACUGUAUUCUACCACAUUUCUUUCUUUAUGAUUCUGUUGUAAGUUCUUUCAACUCAGGUAUCAUAAUUAACUUUUUGUCAGUUCCUUGGAUUCUUCUACCUCUGCUUGUUGCUCCUCCUCCCCCCUCCAUUCCACCCCUUCCCAACAUCCCAUCUCUCUUCUUAUUUGAAACAGUGGUUUAAUUAUUUAUUAUUCUGGAAUCUCCCAUAAAUCCUGAUCCUGUAUUUCAACAUAUUGUACUCUAACCCCAUUUCUAUGACACCCUCUCCAUACGGAAAUUUGCUCAAAAUUUGUCAUACUGUCACGUAGGUGGAACAGUUCUUAUAUCAGCUACAUGAUAUUCACUAAAGUGAAUGAUACUUUGCAACAAAUAUCCUCAUUUGUGGAAAUCUCAAAUAGCAAAAGAAUUUAAAUGAGACAACUGAAUAGUUCUCAACUUCUUUUUACAUAUAUAAUUUAGACCUUAUUGUCUGUGGACAAAUAAAGAAUUAUUUUGCAUUGUGGGUAUACAUGGUAGUCAACAACAGUGUGAAAAGCUUGUAAGGAUGUGGCAGGGGAGAUGGUGCUGAGAAAUAUUUUUUUAAAAAAUUGAUACAUUGUGCCAUUUCUGAGUUGCUUAGCAUUUAAGUUAGCCAAUCAGGUCAUCACAUGCACAAAUUCAAGUGUACUUCCAGAUACAGUGUCACCAAACUUGUUCUUCAUUUGCGUUCCUCAAACCAAGCAAAUGUAGCUUUUGCUCACCUAGCUUAAAUUUAUCUCUUGCUAAACAGGGUCAUUUUAAUGGGUAAUGAGCAUUUGAACAAGUGGAACUCACAGCCUCAUAGAUGUCUGUGCAUUACCAUAUUUUAGCACGUGCAAGUGUUUGAAUUUGUCCUGACUGGCUAACUUCAAUGCUAAAUAACUCAGAAAUGGUGCAAUGCAUCAGUUUUUUUCUUAACAAUUAUUUCACAGCACAAUCUCACCAGCAACAUCAAUACAAGCUUUUGAGACUGUUUCUGACUGCUCAGUAUAGUACAAUUACGGCAUAAUACAAGGGAGAAAUGAAAAUAAUACAUCUUAGUUAUUCACAAACAAUGUGGUACAAAUGAGAAGAUAAUCUCCUCUCAAAGGAAUUAUUUAAUUCUAUAUAUAGACAUACUAAGCCAAUGACUCCUUCAAAAAUCUGUUCUACAAAUUGAAUCCCAAAUAGUAGGUGUAUAUAUAUGUAAUUUUUAUGUUAUGCAUUGUGAAGUGAAAGUCACAAUAUUUUCUAGUGUUGUAAAUAUGUACAUCAUUGCCUAAACUAUUGUAUUAUGCAUAUUGAGAUUAACUGUAUAUUUUUAUAAAUAUAUAGUGAUGGACAUGUAAGUAAUUUUUCCUCCAAUAUGUACUUCCAGGAAAAAACAUGGAAAUCACAUGAUCUUCUGUUAAUGUAUGAUGUUAUCAUAAACAGUUUACUUGAUACAAUUAAGACACAAUGUGCUGUUGCAGCCUUUUGUAUCAUCCUUUUCACCACAUGAGUCUUCCAUAUGUGAUUCAUCUGCCAUUAAACAUUAAAUUACAAAUUAUUUUAAUGAACAUUUUAAUAUUAUUUGAGUAAUUUGAUUUCCAGAGAAUGUAAUAUGAUAUAUAUGCAAAUAAAAUCAAAAUUACAUGGUAAAAACAA